AUGCUCUACUGGACAAGUCCAUAUAGUGGCGGAUCUGAGUUCUCUGAGCCCAAGUUAAAGGCAACCACGUCGCUCUGGUCGCUUGGCCGCAAAAUCGGGCAGUGCUGGCCUCUCGGCUCAGCUGCCAGGAACAAGCGGAAAACUACACAGCCAAGGAAUUCCCGGCCUCAAGCCUACCAGUUUUGUGUUUAUAAUAAGGGCUCAGAGGGAAAGGUCCCGGCGUGUAUUAUCGAAUACAAGGCGCCCCAUAAAGUUUCUCUCACCCAUAUUAAGUCUGGACUACAAGACAUGGAUCUUGAAGAAGCUGCAUUUGACUGCGCUAGGCCAGGUAUUGGCUUUCACUCUCCACGCUUUGCGAGCGCCGACACGGGACAUCGCUUGGAUAAACUCGGCAUCGACCGCCUCGAGAGCCCCCCCCGCCUUCCUCACCCGUCGGCAUCUUCGUCCUUAUCGACAGUGGAAAAAUCGCAAGGUUCACGCUCCAAAGGAGUAUUCGUGCCAGUUUUACUUGGGCAGCCUGCAACUUCGCUGCCCAUUCUUUAUAACGGUAUUGCCGAGAUUGUUCAUCUGAUGUUCAUGGGCUACGCCGGAAGGACCCUUGCGGGCCAGCAUAAUCUCGAUCGCCAUCGACUAAUUCAACAAGCCGAGAUAUACUUGCAGGCGAUUUACGAUCUACGCGUGCUUCAGGGUGAUCCAAUACCCGGCAACAUGGUCGAGGAGAAUGGUCGGGUGAUGUUUAUUGACUUUGAGCGGGCAACGAUGCAAACCCGACGAAUACCACAGGGUGGCAUUUCACCUAAUCAGAAACGCAAGUUGGGGGGACCGCUCCUGGGAGAAGAGUCCAAACAAACAUAUUAA